GGUUGCUGUGCAGGCGCAACUCUGUCGGUGUUAACUAUGGGAGAUGGUGUUUGCCUGAUGCCUGUUUAACAAAGAUUUUCUUAUCAGAUUUUUUCAAUAAAUUCAUCGUAAGUAUAUCAAACCAAAAGGUAGCAGCAAUGUCUAUGCCUUCUGUUGUUCCAAAAGCUCGUCAUACGGCAACGGUCAUUUUUCUACAUGGCCUUGGUGACACAGGGCAUGGAUGGUGCCAAGCUUUUGAAGAAAUUGCAGAGCCAUUUGUUAAGUACCUCUUUCCAACUGCAAAAACCCAGCCAGUUACAUUAAAUUUUGGAAUGAAAAUGCCUUCUUGGUUUGAUAUAAAAAGUCUUAGUUUUCAAGCAGACGAGGACACUGCUGGUAUAAAACAAUCAUCAAAUUUUUUGAGAUCACUUGUUCAGGAAGAGAUCAAAAAUGGAAUAUCUCCUGACAGAAUCAUUAUCGGUGGAUUCUCUCAAGGUGGAGCCGUGGCGUUGCAUGCUGCAUUCACAUCGGAUGUGACGUUUGGUGGUGUGGUCGCUUUGAGCACGUGGCUUCCAAUGCAUCAGCAAUUCCCUGCGGCAAGCACUGGCAAAAAUCAAAGUACACCGAUUUUUCAAGGACACGGCGAUCAUGAUCCCGUCGUACCAUACCAGUUUGGAAAGAUGACUCAUGAAUACCUGAAAAAGAUGAAUCCGAGUCCGGUUUUUAAAACGUAUCGUGGAGUUUCUCAUAGUUCGUGUGAACAGGAAAUGGGUGACGUCAAAGACUUUAUUCGAAAAUGCUUCACGUGAGCAGGAUGUAAUUACGUAAUCAAAUUUAUACAGAAAGUGAACGUAUGUGCGACAUAACGGAAUUGAGUCCUUAUAGACUGGACAAUUGCAAUAAUAUCAAUUGUGAGAAAUUAGAGCUAUGUCAUAUCGUUUUCAAUGAUCACGUUUGCACCUAGAACUUAGAGGACAGGAUGAAGUCAAGUCGAUGAAUGCGAAUUAAAAUUGCUAUAACUAUAUAAUGUCUGUUGUUCCUAUCUAGAACGCCCCCCUUUCCUGUAGCAUUCUUAACAUGUUGUAUUGGUUUAGAUGCGUUCCAAUAUUUUUGCGUAGGCCAAUUAGUAUAUAGGCUUGCAAGUGGAGAGUAUUCCACUUCGCAGAAAGCAGCAAUGAAUCGAUAGCCUGAAACUUCAUCCCAUAUAUUCACCCUAACCCUAACCCUAACCCUAACCCUAACCCUAACCUGCUUUUGUUACUGUGUUAUUUUAUGGUUGAUUCCUUGAGUAAUCUCCUGACUUGUCAAAACUAUACGAUCGAAAUAAAAGGGGGCUCCAUAUCAGGGUUUUCAUUGAUUUUUUAAGUAGAAGGCUCACAUUUAAAAGUAGGCGUCUAUAAGUUUACUAAAGUUUUGCUAAAGUGAGGGUGAAAGUAGGCGGCGAAGGUUUGGUGAGUAAGCGGCGGACUUUCGCCGGUUGACGGCUUCUAAUGAAAUCUCUGCCAUGUUAAAUAAAGAAAAACGGUAACGUACCGAUGAUAAACAAAAAUGACAAAAAAUAAAUUAUCAAUAAAGGAUAUUUUGCCCCGAUAAACAUCGUUUCCUCAGAGCAGCUGAAUAUAGUUUCUUAGCCAUAUCCUGUUAUUUAAUCCGAUUUUUAAUUAAGGCCACUUUUUCUGAUUUGUUGUUCUUUUAAAAUUUGGUCAUCGAUCAGUUUGUUUUGACUUUUUUCUGUUCACUUUGUCAAACAAAAGAAGCCCGAGAGAAAGCGAAUCACUUCGAUAUCCUUUGAGCCAAAUCAACUUCAUGUAGUCUUUUAUCAUCAUUUAUCUAUAUUCAAUAAUAAAACGAAAUUGUUAAAAUUCAUUAAAGUUUUAAAACCGAA